AUGGAGGGAUUAGAUGAACUCGUGAACCUAGUCACUUUGAAUCUGUCUCACAAUAGAAUUAAGAAAAUAGAGGGUAUCUCUAAACUGGUAGAGCUGAAGUCAUUAGAUGUAUCUCAUAACAUAAUAUCUGAAUUAGAAGGAUUUGAAGAGAUAAAGACUUGCCCAUCUCUCACAUCAUUAGAUCUUUCUAAUAAUCAAAUAGAUUGUGCAGAAGAUAUUGUUCCAUUCUUCUCAGACGUUCAAAAUUUACUCUGUCUCUAUCUUAAAGGUAAUCCUUGUGUAAGAAGAAUCUCAACAUACCGUAAGAGAUUGACAGUGGGGAUGAAAAACCUCUAUUACUUGGACGAUAGACCAAUUUUUGAGAUAGAACGUCUUGCUGCAGAUGCUUGGGCAGCUGGAGGAGCCGCAGCUGAAUUGGAAGCUCGUUAGACUUAUCACUAGAAAAAGAAAGCAGAAAUGAAAGCAAUUACUGCAAGAGGCAGAGAAUUGACUGAAGAAGGAAAAAAGCGCAGAAAAGAAACCAUGAAAAAGAUGCUAGAUGAAUUAAGAGAUGAGAAGCAAGAAAUGAUUUAGAAGAGAGAGGAUUUAAAGGCCACAUACAAAAGCAUGCCUGAUGAUCACCCAGAAAAGGGGUAUACACUCCUCAAGAUUAGAAAAAUUGAAGAUGACUUGAAGAGUGAAUUUUACAAGUUAGUUGAAGACAAGGAUCCAUCCUCAGCGCCAUCAGUAGGCAAGGCUAAAGCACCUAAUGUACAAAGCAAGACAUACUAUGAAGAAGUAAUGGCUUAGAAAAGAGAGGAAGAAGAGACUAAGAAGAGAGAAAAAGAGUAUAAGAAGGAGUAAGAGAGAAUCUAAAAAGAGAGAGAAAGAGAAAAUUAGAUCAAAGCUUUGGAGGAUGAGCAGUACUAUAGAAGAGAAAAUCCAAGAGAAAAGGCCUAAUCAACCAUACCAGGAGUUAAGCAAACUGAAAAACAGAAUUCUGCAGGUGCAGUAGCUACUUCAGAAUCAGAGAGUGAUGCUGAAGCUUAUUAUCGCAACAAUAAGCAGCUAAUAUAAUUCAAGUGGACCUCAGAGUAUGAGGAUCAGCUUGAAGACAUUUUGAUAAAGUAUUUCUUUGAUUUCAGUCAUGCAGCAAAGGAGUUUUCGAGACUUGUGAAUCCAGAUCCAAACGCUGAUAAAUGGUUUUUGAUUGAUGCUAAGUCUCUUUAACUACGAUGGACUGACAUUGAAAUCAGAAAGUACAGAUUACACGGUGGUGGUAACUUUAGCAAUAGUUUUAAUGACAGAAGUGAGAAUAAGAACUCAAGUUAAUCCUAAGCAGCUGCUCAACAAGAAGAUGACGACGAUGAACCACUACCCCCACUAGAAGAGCUUGAGGAUUCUAGAUUAAAUAGUUAAAACAAUAGAAAUGGCCAGCAAAGCCAAAAUGCAGGUGGAUAUGAUAGAAAUUCUUCAAGUGAGGAUGAAGGAGAUAACAAUGGUAGAAUCUAAUACUAUACAAAUCUAGAUGAGCUAGAUUGA